UCGCCUUCUACUGGAAAGCUAGUCCAGUUCACAGUUCCUGACGGUGGCCACCUGUUCGCCAAUGAAGUUUACGCUCUCAUCGAAGUGAUGAAGCUUAUUUUAGAGCUGCGGGUAUCUGCUUCCGGCAUACUCAAGCAUCGUCGUGGUCCCGGUGCUAUCCUUGAGCCUGGGACAGAGGUUGCUCGACUUCUGCUAGAUGAUCCGAGCACCUUGAAGCAAGUUCAGGUUUACAGCCUCCCUCUCUUUCCCUCUAUCCAACCGCGAUCCUCUUCGUUCCCAUUCGCUUUGGAGACGACAUUCCCCGGCGUACCUCUAAGCCAUACUCAUUCUUCUGACUCACAUGAGCUUGACUCGAGUGAAGGCAAACUCCACCACGUGUUCUGGCUGAUGAGGGCAGAAUUGGAGCAAGUAUUGCAGGGCUAUGCUUUGCCAGAACCAUACUUUACGUCCUGGUUGCGAAGCCGCAUAGAUCGCUUAAUGAAAUGCCUCCGAGACCCCCGUCUACCACUGCUCGAGUUACAGGAGGCAAUCGCCCAGCUCAGCGGCCGCCUACCCUCAGGUGUGGAACAUGAGUUGCGCGUCUGCGCGUCUGCUUAUGCUGGACAGGUGACUUCGCUGUUAGCCGGCUUUCCGGCGACAGUGAUCACCGGGGUUAUACAACGCCAUGCCGCUCGCCUGGCGUGUCACGAAGCUGAGGCUGGUGCCUCAAGUGAUGCGAUUGCGGCUAGUCUAGCCAACUUUCACCAGUCCACCGAAAGACUGGCCGAGAUCAGCAGGCGUUAUUGGCAUGGCAUCCGCGGUCAUACGGUGCGGGUAAUAGGCGAACUCAUCUGGAGCUAUUUUUCUGUGGAGCAGCACUUUCAACAUGGUGAGCACGUAAUCAGCCACUUGUGCACUUCGUUUGUUUCCCUGACUCGACGACAGUUCAUUUGCAGACAGGUAGCAUAG